AUGGCACCGUCCAGAGCAGAGCCUCUGUCUGUCCUUAAUUCGACGCUCGCAGAAGUCCUUGUACAAACGGGCAAGGCUCUCAAGGUCAGCGCUAGAGAUGACCAAGGCAGCGUCUCUGGUGCGAGCGGCGCGAUUCGUCACCGAUCCCAAGAAGCCCUCAGGGCUUACCACUUUGCCCUUGACGAGCUUGAAGGCGAGAUUCUUCAAGCGAAAGCCGCCCUCCUGCGCGAUCUCGCCAAAUUACAAGCUGCACGCGCCCCUCCUCCAUCGCUCACACCUCCGCCAGAGCCUCAACGAGCACCAGCUCAGCAGGUGAAGCACGAGCCAGCUACUGCCGUCGCUGUGAUGGAGGCUCCCAUGCUUGAACUGCCUUCCACAGCAGCACAUACCAUCGCUCACCAGCCGUUCGCCAUGGAACCAGCGAGCAAUCCUGUGGCUCCGUUCCCAGACAUGGGGUCGGAUAUGUCGUCCGGCAUCCUGACUUUGACAGACAAGGGGACCAAGUCUGCACAGAGAUUACCCACGGCUGCAGUGCAAAGCAGCUCAGUUGCUACACCCCCACUCAAAUCCGAGGCCGCCGUCUCGCCAAAUACUGUUGUUGGCACACAGCUCGCUGCAGACAACACGGCACACCCGACAAGCUUGCCAACAAACUCCAAAGCAGCUGUUGCUGCGAACGGAGAUGUACAGGUCCCUCAUCUGCUCGAUAUAUCAGCUGAUGGCACCGUCGGAGGCCACGGCGGCAGCAAUGAUGCCCCCGAGUUCACGAAUAUGCAGUUUUCACUCGACACGUCGGCUGCAGGCUUGCAAAACGCACCUCCUGCGCCCAUGCCAGCCUUCGACAUGGCUAGUUUUGCCACUAAUGAGCCACCUGGAGACUUUUCGAAUGAAGUGAACUUUGAACCAAUGGGCAACGAGAUAGGCAUGAACAUUCCCACAACCAUGACUAAAGAAUCGCAGAACGAGACCAGAAAUCUGGAAGACGUGUUCGAUCUUGACGGAGGGGCGGACAGCAUGGAUCUUGACUUGGAUCUGGGCAACGGCACAGUUAAUGACAGUACAUUCGAUGACCUGUUUCUUGAUACGGGCGACAAUACUGGCAUGGGUCAGUUUGAUAACGCCUUUUUCGGGCUCGAUUAA